AUGGCUGUAGCAACCAAGGUCGAUCAGGUGUGCCCCGGCAAACUUGACAAGAACAUGAAGAAGCAAGGUCUGAAGAACGACGUCGUCAUCACCAUCGACCCCAAACUAUGGCAAUUCAGCGGACAGAAAGUGGCUGAGCAGGACUGGAGAAAAAUCGAUUCUGUGAUAAAGGUUUUUGAUGUCGCAACGAACACAGCUGGACUUGCACAGGAUGCUGUCCGUAUCCGGCACCAAGAGCUUGCCAAUGACGUUAUUUCAAAAUGUGCAUCCAGCCCACUGCGCACUACAUUUGUGACGCGUUCAAAUACUCUGUGGCUCGGAUUUGACAACAUAAUUGGUGCUCUAUGUCGAGGCUGGUUGAACGAUAGCGCUGUGGAAUUCUGUCUGGAGACAAUUGCGGGAUCAAUUGGACAGUCGCUCAUGCUUUCAACCUUGUUGGGAGUGGUGGGCUGGCCAACAACACCGAAGUCACAAAUACUCGACACAAAGUUCAUGGUUCACUCAGUGAAUUUAAGUGCAAAUCACUGGGGUCUCAUAACGGUGCGUCUGUAUUGCGAUGUCGCGACUAAAAUUCUACGGGUACAAGUGUUCAUGUACGAACCACUCAUCGACGGAGAAUAUCGAGAACAAAUGAUUGCAGUGUGGGAAGGAACUAUGAAACACAAGGGAAAGAAUAAUGUGGAAGAGAGUGAGGGGAAGGAGGGUCUUAUUGACUUUGUAAAACGCUGGCAUUGUGCAUCUGCCAGUGGAUACCAGAUUACAAUAAGCCCGGUGGAGUGGAUCGAGACGCCGCAACAAGCUGAUGCCGUCAGCUGUGGCGUCCUUGUCGUAGGACAAGCGUACAGCUCGCUUACAGAGAGUAUGUUACUACAGAAACACAGAGUCUCGAAGAGGGAUGUGAGUGUUAUGCGCCUGAGAAUGAUCUGA